AAUCAAACAAUAUAUAUAUAACAAAUUAUAAUAGUUAAAUGUAAGACUAACAAAAAAAUCCUUAUUAGCUUUGGCAGUUGCCUUAAAAAAACGAAGACUCCUACAUUACAGGAUUAAAAGUUUAAAACUCAUUAAAUCCCGAAUAACUAGUAGAGUUUAUUCCAUAUAAGGGAAAAAAAGUAAAAUUUUACAAUUGUGGUCCGACAGUAUAUGAUGCUUCACAUUUAGGGCAUGCAAGAACUUAUGUAAGUGUCGACAUGAUAAGAAAAGUAAUGAAUAGAUAUUUUGGUUAUGAUGUAUUUUUCUGCUAAAAUAUAACAGAUAUAGACGAUAAAAUAAUAGACCGCUCAAAUGAAUAAAAAUAAGAUUUCGCUUAAUUCGCUCGUAAAUGGGAAAUAGACUAUUGGGAGGAUAUGUAAUAAUUAAAUGUUGAUAAAGUAAAAAUUGAUAAUAAUAAUACAUUAUAUUAUAUUUUAUAUUCUAUAUGUAUAUAUAUAGCCUGAUGCAAUAGUUCGAGUAAGUGAAUAUAUUCCUGAAAUAAUCAAUUACAUAAAGAAAAUUAUCGAAAAUGGAUUUGCUUAUGAAUCAAAUUAAUCAGUUUAUUUUAAUGUUGAAAAAUUUCAUUGUACUUAAAACUAAUGCUAUGCAAAACUUGAGCCUUAAUCUGUAAAUAAUAAGUAAAAACUAGAUGACGGUGAAGGUAAAUUAGGUGUAAAAAAUGAUUCUGAGAAAAGAUCAUAGAAAGAUUUCGCAUUAUGGAAGGCUAGUAAACCCAAUGAACCUGAAUGGGAUUCACCAUGGGGUAAAGGAAGACCUGGAUGGCAUAUUGAAUGUUCUACUAUGGCAUCUGAGAUAUUAGGGUAUCCUCUAGAUAUCCAUAUGGGAGGAGAAGAUUUAAAGUUUCCUCAUCAUGAUAAUGAGAUUGCAUAAAGUGAAGCUUAUUUUAAUAAAGAAGAAAAUAAUUAAUGGGUAAAUUAUUUUAUGCAUACUGGACAUUUACAUAUAGAGGGAUUAAAAAUGGCAAAAAGUCUAAAAAAUUUUAUCAGUAUUAAGAAUUUAAUUUAGAGAUUUUCAAGUAGAGUUUUGAGGCUUAUUUUUACGAAAUAAAACUACGAUUCUAUCAUGGAUUAUUCAGAAAAUACUCUAGAAGAAUAUAAAAUUAAAGAUAAGAAAUUUAGCGAGUUUUUCAUAACUAUUAAUGCAAUUUUAUUAUAGUUUAAUAUAAAUAUUAGUUUAAAAUGGGAAAAAAAAGAAUUUGUAUUAAAUGAAUUUUUUUAAGAAAAAUAAGCAUUAAUUCAUAAACAUUUUUAGAAUAAUUUCAAUAUACCAAAAGUAAUAGGAGAAAUAGAAGAAAUAAUAAGAUAAGUUAAUAUUUAUUUAAAAGAAAAACCUUAUAUAUACCCAUUAUUAUUAUCUAUAAGUAAUUAUGUUAAAUAUAUUUUCUACUGUAUAGGUAUAUGCUAUGAUAAUAAUAAUAAUAUGUAAUAAUAAGAAGACAUUUUUGUUUUAUUAAUAAAUGAAAUUUCAUCUUUCAGAGAUAAUGUAAGAGGUUCAGGAUAGGAUUUUGUAAAAAUAUAAGAAUUAUCAUAAAACUACUAAGAUAAAUUAAAUAAAUUUGCCUCUAAGAAAAACAUUAAUGAUAAUACUUCAUAAGCUUUUGAAAUAGCUACUUAUUUCUAUGAAAGUGUUUUAAAAAGUGCACAAGAAUAAUAACAUAAGAAUAUUCUAUACGUCUGUGAUACAGUUAGAGAUGAAAAAUUAAUUCAUUUGGGAGUUAGAAUAGAUGAUGGAAAGCCUGGUGAGUAAAGUUUGUGGAAAUUUGAUGAUAAAGAAAUACUUUUGAAAGAAAAAGAAGAAAAACAAUUAAAAUAAGCAUAAUAAUAAGAAGCUUUAAAGAAAAAAGAAUAAGAAAAAAUUAAAUAAAUGAGUGUAAAUCCAUCUGAUAUGUUUAGAAAUGAUAUUAAAUAUAAAAACUAUUAAUUUAAUGAUAAAGGAAUACCAACACAUGAUGAUAAAGGAUAAGUACUGAAAGAUAAAGCUGUUUAGUCUUUCCAAAAGAAAUGGGAUGCAUAAAAUAUUUUAUAAAAUUUUGAAAUAAUAAUAAAUAAAAAUAUAAAUUUAAUUAUGGAAUAUUUAGGAGAUAUUUCAUUAUUUUAAUAUGUUAAAUAAAACAAGAAGAUAUCUAAAAAUGAAGCUAUUACCUUUUUUUUGUAAAUUUUAGAUUGUUUAUAUUAUUUGCAUUCUAAUAAUAUUUAUCAUAGAGAUAUUAAAUUAUAAAACAUAUUGUUAGAUAAAGAUAAAAAUAUUAAAAUUAUUGAUUUUGGAUUUUCAAUUAUAUCUAAAGAAAAACUUAAAACUGUUUGUGGAACAUUAAGUUAUAUGGCUCCUGAAUUGAUAGAAUAAAAAGACUAUUAUGGAUAAAAUGCUGAUUUAUGGGCUUCUGGAGUCGUAUUUUAUACUCUAUUAUGUGGAAAUUUCCCUUUUAAAGGAAUUGAUGAUAAAAGUCUAAUAAAAUAAAUACACGCAUAAAAUAUUAAAUAUGAUCCUACUAUAAUAAAUGAGGAAGGAUAAUAAUUUUUCAAUAAAAUUUUAAAUAUAAAUCCUAAUAAUAGACUAUCUAUCUAAUAAGUAAUUUUUAUUAAACAUUAUUUUAUAACUUAAAAUAAAAAAAGAUUAGAAAUCAUCCUUUUAUUAAACAAAAAUGAAAGAAAAAAAUUCUAUUGUAAAUAAAUAAAAAAUACUAAUUAAAAAAAGUAUAUAGUAUAAUAAAUACAUAUACAUUAAUUUAUUGAUUGUUUUAUAAAAAAUUAAUUAAAAAAUAUUAUAAAAAAGCAUUUAAUUUUUAGAAAAAUGUAUAAUUAACUUUUAUAAUUUGUAUAAUUUUUAUAAUAUUAUAUUAUAUUAAUUUUCAAUUAAAAUAUAAAUCUUUAAUAUCUUAAUUAUGUUUGA